CUAUGCCUGCGCAUUUAUUCGCGCUCGAGAGCGUUCAACUGUACUCGUUUCGUGCUCCACGUUCCGGAGCUGUUAUCAUUGUCCAACGACGAUAACUGUGUUCGGAAUCACGGGAGUCGCAUACGUCGCUCACUCGAAACGACUACGGGGUGCUCGAGGAGGUGGUAAACGGUGAUCGCGAAGAGGUAGUGAUAGUUUAGAGGUAGCGACGACGUUGGUGACGCGACGGUGAAUACGCGCGGCCGCAGCGCGGCGGAAGAGAAUCAACGGGACGACCGAUAUACGCGUUACGUGCGAUGUUAGCCGCUCAGCGGCCGAGCAAGUUUGCGCGACGUAUUCUACUAUCGUUACUUCCCCGUGCGUGCGCCAUCGCGCCGCGCCGAUGUGAAUCGGUCGUUCGCCCUCGGUGAAUCGCGAUAUUUGAGUGUUGUACCAGGCGCAGUUAGCAGCAAGCGUUUUACGGCAGCACCAUGUUUUGGACGAAUAAUUACGUGUCAUCGCCGCAUAUCGAGGCAUUGCUCAACAAAGAGGAUGUCACGUUGCAUGAGUUGAUGGAUGAGGAAGAUAUUCUACAAGAAUGCAAGAGCCAGAACAAGAAGCUGGUCGAAUAUCUCACAAGGCCGGCCGUUAUGGAAGAAUUAGUGACAUUGACCACUAAAGAACCAUCUACGGACAUUGAAGAGCGUUGGCGCUAUAAGUAUCCCAAUGUUGCCUGCGAGUUGCUCACGUGUGAUGUGCCUACAUUAAAUGAGAAACUGGCAGGUGAUGAAGCACUUUUGGCCAAAUUAUAUUCUUUCAUAGAUACAGAUCAGCCAUUAAAUCCACUACUUGCAUCAUUUUUCAGUAAAACUAUCGGAGUGCUUGUUGCUCGUAAAAGUGAUCAGAAUUGGUAUUCCUAUCAGUUCACAUGCUUACAGGUUUUAGAAUUUCUUAAAAGCCGCCAGAGAUGUGUAGAUUUGUUGUUGCAACAUUUAGAGACUUCUGCUAUUAUGGACUUAGUACUGAAACUUGUUACUCAGGUCGAGGGCAGUGAAAUGCGUCAAAACAUAUUGAAUUGGUUAGAUAGUCAACACUUAGUGCAAAGGCUGGUGAAGUUGUUAGCACCUACUUCAGAAGCAGCCAAACAUGCUAAUGCGGCGCAAUUACUUUGCGACAUGGUGACGGUAGCUAGAGAAAACCAACGUACAUCCACGGAACGUACCGAUCCAGAUCCUAUUUUAAAUACUCUAGAAUCUGGGGAAACUGUGAGCCUAUUAUUAGAGACUAUUUUAACAGGAGAAAAAGUAGAAACUAGUAUUGUGGGUGGAAUACAAGUGCUCCUGAUACUCUUAGGUCAAAGAGCUAGCAACGCAUCAAAUGAGGGAGAUGUUCACGGUAAUGUCGAAGAUGUUGCAGAUAAUGAACAACGCAGUAAAAUUGCAAAUGCUACUUUAUCAUAUCUCGAACACCUUCACAAACUUCUCUUAGAUCCACCACAUAAACCUGCGGUGAAGACAACCGUUGGACUUUUAGAAUGUCCAUUGGGAAAUACUCGUUUGCAUGUAGCAAAGUUGUUAAGUGCGUUAUUAUCGACGGAAAGUUUAAAGAUCCACGAAAGUUUAGCAAAUUUGGGAACAUUCCAAACAUUGUUGGAUCUGUUUUUCAAAUUUACGUGGAAUAAUUUCUUACAUACACAAGUACAACAGUGCCUGGCCUUAGCUAUUAAUUGCGGACAUCGGGAUAAUGAUAUUAUUUAUAAUAAUAUAUUUAUCAAAUGCAAAUUAAUAGAGAGGAUUUUAGAAGCAUGGGAUAAAAACGAGAGUAAACAAAAUAAAGAGAAUGGCGUUCGACAGGGCUAUAUGGGACAUUUGAUAAAUAUCGCGAACAAUAUCGUCACACAGUGCGAAAAGAAUAACAUAUUGGCCAGCUUUUUGAAGAACAAUUUGUCGCCCGAGUGUCUUAGUAAAUGGGAAAAUCUGGUCAAUACACAGCUAGUGGAGAUCAAUAAAAUUCAUCAAACUGUGAUGAUGGGCGAUCAGACCCCAGUGUACCUGAUGACCUCCGAGGACAAUCCGGACGAUUACAAUUCUUACUCACAAGAGACUUAUAUUCAACAGAUGUACUCCAAUUAUCAGGGUCAACAAAUAACACCACCGUUUAUCGAGAACUUUGGAUUCCAUGACGACGAGUUUAAUGAUGGCGACGACGCGCUUCAUAACCCAGUUGACCAAUUAACAACGUUGGCCUUUACCCUCAGUGAAGAAGAUCUCGACAAGCGAGAAGAUAUGUUUAAUAAGCUGUGCCAACAAAAACAAAAAGCCGGACUGGAGGACUGUGGCAGUGGUUUAGAAUGGGGCGAUGAGGGUGAACUCACGUUUCAAACCGUGGUGGACAAACGCGAUUGGCAUUCUAAGCAGCAGCACCAGGACUCCAGUUCGUCGGACGAGGAUGAUGAGGAUCCGCGCGAUAUGCACAUGGAAGUCGACACGACUGAUCCCUGGGACAAUACCGAGCCGCUAAACACUGGUACUAUACUUCCACCGGUCAAUCCGUGGGACGUAGUACCGUCGGAGCCGGUGGAAUCUACUGGUUGGGCCAAUUUCGAAAAUUUCGAAAAUAGUUUGAGCAUAGAGAACACCGCGAGCGAGAAUAAAAAACCGUGCGACGAGCUUAAAGAGAAGAUACCAGAAGCAACGGCCACGAACUUAAUAGAGAAGACUUCCAGUGAUAGCGCUGGAGAUGGCAACGAAAAGAACAAAGAUCUCAUAGCUAGCCAAGGUUUACCAGUUGCGGAAACUAACGUCAGUAGUAACAAGAGUGACGAGGAUAAGCCAAUCCCCGUAAACGAGGCUGCCAGUACUAGCGAGUUAUCCGCUAACAGGGAUUCCGAAAGCGCGGAGGAAAACAAAGCUGCGCAGGAUGUCGCGAAGAGCACGAUAGAGAGCGAAAAGCCGUCAAUUGAGCAGCAAGCCGCAGCAGCUGCUUCUCCGAAGAGCACAUCCGCCGGCACCGCCGAUUCCGUGCCAGCAGCGUCGAAAGACGCUAAAUGAAACGUUCCCCCCUGCCUACGUUAGACGAUCUAUGGCAAUAGGAAGAGAAAAUCAUAUCAGUAUCGAGUCGUACGAAAACGAUCGGAAGCAUUAUAUGCCUUCUCUAUUUUUCAUUAGACAUCACGUUAAUUAUGCUUUGGAAGAAAAAAAAAAUUGUUGGCGUUGGGCUAAGACUACGGUCCCGUAGCAGGGUAUAUUUGAAUAAAUCCGACAUACCGAAAGUGAUCGACGCUCAACUACACUUAGCGAAUAAUUUGAUGUUUAUUAUAUAUAGGUACAUCCCCCUUUUCAUCCCCACCUUUCUCCGAUGGCCAACGUUUAUAAUUAUCCGCGUGAAAAUAGAAUCCUCCCCUACUUCCCCACCUCAAAUAUUUUACGAUUAUUGUUAAGAGUUUCAUAAAUUGUUAUUUAUACGUAACUGAUAACUGGUCUCCACCUAAACAGAAAGGAAAGAACGGAAAGGAUAAAUCGCAACGUUGCGUCAUGCGAUUUAUAUAGGCAAUUUAUAGGAUAAAAGACAGAAAGGGAGAGAGACCUCUGACAAAUUUUAUCUCCUUCGAAUCAUGUUUAAUUUGUUUUCAUGGAACAUUUAUUAUGUAUUUGUAUAUUAUCGAAGCGCGGAGGAGGAACGUAAGGGAAGAAUUAUUGUAACGACGUUUUAAUACUAUGAAGAACUGGUAUUUCACAAACUAGUGCUUUUGCUUAGUCCUUCGAUAAGGCAAAGGUACUUAGGUGCAGUGCCUACUGUCUGAAUGUACGUUAGUUCAAUGAUGCGAUACAAGCAGAAAAAGAGAGAAAAGAGAAUCGAGAAUAUUUUUAUUACCCUUUGUCAUAAUAUUUGGUCGAAAUUUGUACAUGAUAUCGUACUAACCGGAACUCUCUUGAUGAACUUGCGCGCUUAUUUGCAUUCCAAUGAGAAAAGGAAGAGAUUUAUACGUACGUUUAAGUAACUGCUGAAAGUCUUUCACCAAGAUCUUCCAGAGAUAAAUGACGUUAAAACCGCAGGAAAAUUAAUGUCAACGUGUUGCGCACUUCUUCGACCGAGCUACCUUACAUAUGUCCUAUCAUUCACCGAGAGAUCAGUCUGCGAAUUAUGUUACCUGAUUGUUCCGCGACUUUCUUCUGCCUCGCAGGUUUUGCAGCAGCAGCAGCAGCAAAUGUGUUUAUAGCGUUGUAUACGCGAUAUUGUUCAUAAUUAAAUGAUAUAAUAAAACAUUGUUCUAAAUCCCAAAA